AUGGGAGCAACUUUGAUUGAUAUUGCACAUAUUGUAUCUGGUUUAUAUUCUCUUAUACUUAUUCUUGUUGGUACACCAUUAAAUCUUCUUUGUUUUUAUAUCUAUAAAUGUCUUGCACCAAAUCGUUCAAAUCCAACCAUAAUUGUCUUUUCUUAUUUAGCCCUAAUUGAAUUAUUAGUACCAUUUACAUGGAAUAUAAAUUAUGUUGUACGAGAAUUAAUAUGGAAAUAUCAAAAUACUAUUUCAAUUAAAAAUUUAGAACAGCAUUCAUUAUUUGUAUGCAAACUAAUUUCUUAUGGUGCAUAUUUUUCUCUUCAAUGUGCUGCAUGGCUUAAAACAUUAGCAACGUUUGCACGAUAUGUUUCAUUACAACAUCAAUGGUCAUUAAACAAAUGGUUAUCAAGACCAAUUAUAAUUCAUCGUGUUACUUGGAUGGUAAUUUUUUUUAUAGCUCUUAUAAAUUUUCCAAUAUGGAUUGUUAAUGGAAAAAGUGUUUCAUACAAAGGUGAAUUUAAUGAAACAAGACAAGAAAUUAAAUGUUAUCAAUCAAAUUUUUUUCAAUUUUGGGAAAUUGCUCAUUUAUUAUUAUAUAAUUUUAUUCCUUUUACAUUAAUGAUUUUAUCUAAUAUAUCAAUAAUUCGUCAAGUUAAAGAAUCUCGUAGACGAACACGAAGAUCAAAAGCAAAUAUACAAUUUAGUAGUAAUAGCAACAACAGUAGUAGUAGUAGUCGUCGUGGUAAAUCAAACGAUGGUGGUCGAUUAACAAAGACAUUAAUAUUAAUAACAAUAUUUUUUAUUGUAUUCACUUCACCUUCUGCUAUAUUCUAUAUCUUUUUGGGAAAAAGGGUUAAAUGGCACAGGAAUUUAAUAACAAUGAGUUUGAGUAAUUUAGCAACAACAAGUCAUGUCACAUCAUUUAUCAUUUAUUGGUUAACAUCAAGCGAUUUUAGAGACGCAGCAAUGAGCGUUCUCUUUUGUCGUCAAGUUAUGCCUCGUCGAAUACCAACGGAAGAAAAACAACAAGAUAAACCCAUUUCCGAGAAACCAAUAUUACCGCCAACAACUCAACCCGUUGAUGGCGAUCAUCGGAAAUUGCCUUUACUUCAAUCAUCAACAGCAAAUCCAUGA